UGCGUUGCCUCUCAGAAGCCGGGUGAUACUUUCCGUGAUGAAUCCCUUGCUUCAUUUGCGUAUGGACAACUCAAAAUCCCUAAUUAAUUUACUUAAAACAGUGAAUUUUAAAGAGAUGGCAACUAUUUUUGCAACUAAAAACGGACUGAAGAUUUCAGUUGAAGAUACAAAAUGUGUUCAGGGCAAUGCAUUUUUGCACUCGCAACUUUUCAGUGAAUUUAGCGUCUCUCGUGCUGUUGUCGCAUUCAAAAUAAACUACAGUGUCUUUUUGGAUUGUUUUUCAGUCUUUGGUACCUCUAAUCAAACGGCAUCGACUUCCCUUUUGCUAACAUAUAAGACAGAUGGCUCUACACUUGAUCUUUUACUUGAAGAGAAUGGCGUAAUUGCUGAGUGUUCGAUUCAUACUGUCGAAGCGAUUGAGAUUCUGGAUUUUGAUUUUUCCAAUAGCAAUAUUACCACAAAGAUUAUAAUCAAGUUAUGUAGUCCAAUCACGUAG